AUGGACAUUGAAAAUGUCGGCGGUACUGAUGGUAUCGAAUGUUUUCGUCAGACCGCUGAGCUAGGUGUGAAUUUUGCUCAUUACCUUUCAGCCCUUUCCACGCAAUUGAAGUGCUGCAACGAUGGCGCCGAUGGUUCUGCGAUUUUCCCAGAACCCACGAAACUUCCCUGGGGGAAUUUAAUGAUCCAGAUGCCUAUUGAGAGGAUUGAGGAGAAUGCGGGCGAAUAUUUGUUCCAGGAACCGGUUCAGAAGGAGAAGAUGUGA